AUGCGGGGAAGGGGAACAGAGCCGGAGGCGGGAGGGUUCGUCGGCCAGAGGAACCAUGCCCAGCGGCGCGGCGGCUCGACCGGAGACGCGCCUGGUGGUCGCCGACGAACUUUGCCCCAGGGACGCGCGGGGUCUGCGAGCUCGGGUGCGCGAGGGGAGGAGCCAGUAGGGUCGAGGAGGUGGGCGCGCGAGGGCGAGCAGGCGGCUGGCGAUGGAGAGCAUCUCAGGCUCGGUUGA